UGCAUUUUAGGGUUUCGCAGUGAGGAUGUUCUGAGCUAAACUUUCGUGGUUACCGCAAAUGAUAUACAAAUCCAUUGUGGCAAUUGAAUUUUAGGUUGUUUCGCAGGAUGUUCAGAGCUGCAAAACGCUUUAGUCUUCUCAAGGUGAAGCUAAAAAAUACUGAACCUACUGGCAUAAGAACCAUCAGCACUUGUCUGCCACAUUGUUGCAGUCAGGAUGUUGUUUCCGAAGAUUCUCUUUGUGGACCGCAUUCCCAGUUCAAGGAAGGCUAUGGAAAAAUAAUUCCUCCUCUCUCUCAGCCUCUUCCUGGCCUUAAACUUCCUCCCUGUCUCCCAGACCAUGUGGAAGAAUGCCUAACAAGGAUAACAACACUUCCGAAUGGCCUCAAGAUUGCCUCUCAGGAGUCUCUGGGGCCUGCAUCCUGCAUAGGAAUAUUUGUUGAUUGUGGUUCUAUAUGUGAGUCGGAAUGGUGUUAUGGGGUCACACAUCUCUUGGAAAGAAUGGCUUUCAAAAGCACAAAUAACCGAUGUCAUUCACGUGUAGUGCGUGAGAUAGAGGCAGUUGGAGGAAAUGUGGCGGCAUCUGCAUCACGAGAACAGAUGGGGUACACUUAUGACACAAUCAGGACACAUCUUCCUGAGGCUUUGGAAUUAUUGAUUGACUGUGUUAGGAAUCCGAUUUUUCUUGAUUCUGAGGUCAAGGAACAGCUUACCAAAAUCAAAGCAGAAAUUAGGGACGUUUCGAAUAAUCCUGAGAACUUUCUGUUAGAGUCUCUUCAUUCAGCUGGUUACUCUGGUGCACUGGGGAAUCCACUGAUAGCAUCUGAAGCUGUCAUUGAGAAAUUGAAUGGAUCUGUCAUAGAUAAAUUUGUCAUUGAGAAUUAUACUGCAGAUCGAAUGGUAUUGGCAGCAUCAGGAGUGGAUCAUGAAUAUUUAUUGUCUAUUGCAGAGCCACUUUUGUAUGACUUAGAGAAGGGUCCUCCUAUCAAGGUGCCAGUGUCAAAAUAUGUUGGUGGUGACCUUAGAUUUCAAGCUGAUUCUGAGAGGACUUAUGUUGCUCUGGUAUUUGAAGUUCCAGGAGGAUGGCGUGACGAGAAAGAUGCGAUAAUAACAAUCGUUUUGCAGAAUCUCAUGGGUGGAGGUGGUUCCUUCUCUGCUGGUGGUCCUGGAAAGGGAAUGCAUUCUCGUCUCUAUAUCCGUGUUUUAAAUGAGUACCAGCAAAUCCAGUCAUUCUCUGCUUUUAGCACUGUGUAUAAUGACACUGGUUUGUUUGGUAUCCGUGCUUCUACGGGAUCAGAUUUUGUAGCCGAGGCUGUUGAUAUAGCAGCGGAAGAAUUAAUAGCUAUUGCCACCCCAGGAAAAGUCAAAGAAGUCGAACUCAUUCGAGCGAAAAAUUCUACUAAAUCAGCUGUAUUGAUGAAUCUAGAGUCCAGAAUGGUUGUGACUGAAGAUAUUGGGAGGCAGAUAUUAACCUAUGGGUGUAGGAAACAUGUUGAGCAUUUUCUGAAGGCAGUGGAUGCAAUAACCCUAGACGAUCUUUCAGCUACUGCACAUAAAAUUCUCUCCUCUCCAGUUACUAUGGGUUCUUGGGGUGAUGUUGAUCGAGUUCCAAGCUAUGAUUUAGUUAGACAACAUUUUCAGCCAAUGGAUUAAACACAAACAAUCAGCUGAAAGCGUAUAUGAUGACUCUUUUCAUAUUAAAUUAAGCUGGAAUCUUUUUUUCAGUUGGUAAGCUGCUUUUUAGUUCGAUAGAAUCAAUCUUGACAAACACUGGUAUGCCAUGAGCCAUUUAUUUCUGGAGCUAUUUUAUUGUACUAAAUGUUUAUUCUUGAAAAUGAUAUAAUACAAUCUCCUGAUUUUAUCUGUCUUUUAAAA